GCAUUCUUUAAUUUGCGCUCAGCAGCCGUGAGGUUCGUAGCCCAAAGAGAGGAAACUUUUAUUGCGAUCCAAAACGUACAUAAAGGGAAGAACGCGGAUUUAAAAAUCUGGCAAGAUCUGCAUAUCUGGCUGGAUUUUAAACCGCACAUCGUCUCGAGGUUUUUCUUUUAAGAUUAUAUUUUUUUGUUUAGAAAACCUCAAAAAGAUGGGAGCUCAGUUGUCCAAGGGUGGAGUAGCUGUGGAGGGGAAUGCCGUCGCCGACCCCGCUGUCGCUAAAACAAAUGGGCAGGAGAAUGGCCAUGUUAAAACCAAUGGAGAUGUCUCUGCCAAGCCAGACGGAGAGGCAGCUGCUGUUGACGGGAAUGGCACAGCCGAGCCAGCCAAAGAAGGCGAGACAGGCGCUGGCGACACAAUUGAGGCUGCCCCUGCUGCUGAAGGGGAGGCCGCCAAGGUUGAGGGGGAGGCCGCCAAGGAUGCUAAGAAGAAGAAGAAGUUCUCCCUGAAGAACUCUUUCAAGUUCAAGGGUAUCUCGCUGAAGAAGACCAAGAAGAGCAGUGAGGAGGCCAAGGAGGAGGCUGUCUCUCCCACGGCGGAGGACAAGCCAGAGGAAAAUGGCCACACAACCAAGGAGACCAAAGAGGAGACGCCGGCCACUGAGCCUGUGGCAGAGGCCAAGGAGGAGGCCGUCCCGGCCCCAGAGGCUGAGGCAGCAACAGAGGCUGCUCCAGCUGAGGAAGUCCCUCCCACAGAGGCUGCCCCCGUCGAGGAGGCUGCCGCCCCCGUGGAGGUCACGACACCUGCAGCGACCGAGGCCGAGCCCAAGACAGAGUGACCACAGCCGCCACGGCUACCUGAACUGUUUUUCCAAGAUUAAAGUAUAUAAAUAUAUAUAUGACUCGUGCCACGUUCUUAAAGUUAUAAACAAAACUACAAACGAAGACAAAUGAAGGAUGUAUCACAUUUGCUGAUUCAGCCACCAGUUCACUGCCUUUAUCAUUUCUCUACUUACGGAAUCUCACUGGCCCUCAUGAUAUUGUUGGCUGAGCGCCCCCUCAUGGUACACACUGGGACUGGUGCAUGGGGAAGGUAUUGGAUUGGGAUGUAGAAGGAAUCAGGAAUAAUGACUUAUUUUCCCAGUUCAUGGAGAAGCAUCCUUUUAAGUGUGGCAGCCCUAUAACAUUUUAUUUUCCUUUAUCUCUUGGGAUCUAAAAAUCGACAAUGGUUAUGGAGCAGGGCAGACAUAUCCUUCAACGGAAAUGACUGUUAUAUGGACACAUAAACCUUUCAAAUGAUCUUAUUCUGUUUUUUGAUUUCUACAUUCCCAUGUUUACCCCCCAAAUUUCAAGUAUGUUGUGCUGUAUAGAAAAACAAAAUUCAAGGACAGGAGGUGGAAAGAGCGAUAUCUUUGUUCGUGCUUUUUGAUUAUUUUCUGGCUAAAUCAAGCUUUCUGAGUCUUGCAGUGUUCACAUUUCAGAGUUUAUGUGAGAAAAAUGUGAGCUUUUAUCUGCAAAUUGUCUCUGUAAAUAUGUUUUUGGCCAAUAUUUUUGGUUCUUUAUUUUGCUAUCGUUUAAAGAUGUUAAUGGUUUUAUUGUAACUUUUAAUAAGGGUAAAUAAAUGUUUGAUCCCCUCUGA